AUGGCCGGAGCACUUGCAGUACGCGCACUUGACUGGAUCUCGGCACUCAGAGGCACGGUGGUCACGAGCAAGGCAACGGAAACACUUGCCGCGGAAACGAUUAAGAAGGCUCCCGCGGCGAGCAGAGUUAGGCGCGGCCUGGCCCUCGCCAUUAAUCGCCCGCUCCGAAAGAGGAAAGGUCCUCUGCCUCCUUCGGCGCGACGAGCGAGGAAGCUCCCAGCCCGGAUCCGCCGUAGGCGCAGCAGCAAUAACUCGGUGGGCGGGAUUGCGGGGAACCUGGGUAUGGGGAGCGCCUCGGCGUCGGGGUUGCAGCACCGAAGUCCUCGCUUCAGGGCUAGCCGCAGGCCUAGCGGAGGUCGGGCCGACGCAGGGCAGGCCGCAGGGCUAGCCGGCGAGGCAAGAAGCGGCGAGGCCGUAGGGGCGUGGAGCAGCCGCAGAUGCGAUGCAGCUGUCUCUCCAUCACGCAGAGGGGCCCAGCGGUUGUGGAUAGGUAUGGGGGAGGUGGCCGCAGGCUCCAGGGCGGGGGGCGUUGGCGGUGAGGUGGCCGCCGGCACACUAGGUGGCGCCGGCGUGGGGCUGGUGGUCGAGCUCUCCGAGGAGAGCGCGGUAGGUGGGAGCGGAGCCAUGCAAGAUUUUCGCUGUAUAAUCGAUCAUCUCGUUGGGCCGAUCACGGCCUGGAGGAAGCGUGACCUCGGCGCAGGUGGGCGCAGGCCGGAACCAACCGUCAGCGCUCUUGUGGGCAAUGCAUCCUGGCUGCUCUUUGGGUGGACGGAGGCUCUGGUUGAGCCGCUUCGCCUCAACUUGUGGGGAGGCGGGUGUCAGAUCCCGGGGCUGCUGGUGUUCUUUUGGCUGUGCACGCCGGCCGAGAGGAGGCGAGCCCUGGGCGGACCAAUCUGCGUUGCCGUCAUCUAUCUUGCCCUCACGUCUGUGUUCGGCGUCUUCCACAUCCACCUGGGCUGCUACCAGGUCUUGUGCACGGUCGCCGGCAUGGUCGCCGCGGCCGCGCCUCUUUUCACCUUCAUUUUCUUGAUGGAGAACACGGGCGAAGAGUUGCUCCCCCACCGGGCAAUUCUGGGCUUCAGCGCAAUACAUGGUCUUCUCUGGUGUGCAAGGGGCUUCAUCCUGUACAACGGCUUUAUGCUUAUUCAGAACUUGAUUGGCCUAAGCUUCUCGGUACUUCAGCUGUGCAUCAAGACCUUCUACGGGCUCCCCGACAUGUACCACGGCAGUGAAGAUUUUGAGCAGGAGCUCCUUGCCCACCUGCCCGUGAUAGAGCCCCCUGUUGACGUCGAGCAAGGGUUGCAGAUGGUGCAAGGUGAUCAGGGGAUACCGCCUUUGAUGCCCGGCCAAGAGGAGCUACCGCCCAUGGCAGGUCAGGAGAUACAGGAUCCUUUAGUGCCCGACCAAGAGGAGGAGGACGAGGAGGACGAGGAGGAGGACGACGAUGACGACGAGGAGUCCGACGACGACGAGGAGGACGACGAUCAUCAUGGUGGCGGCGUCAAUUAUGCUAGCGACGAGUGCUCCCCAUCGCCAGACCCUGACAGCACCGCCGGUCAGAGCGUGCCAGGCGAGCUACAGUCCCCGGCCCCCCAGGACGCCACCAGCAGCGGCACCCCGGGCGUCUCCUCCGGCAAGGGCAUGCCACCCCGCAGGUCCAGCCGCCUGGCACUCGCAUCCAACAAGACCCCCAGCAAGCAGACGCCGAUCAUGGUGGCAUCCAACAAGACCCCCAGCAAGCCGACGCCGACCAUGGUGGCAUCCAACAAGACCCCGAGUAAGCUGACCAUGGUCCUGAGGUCGUCUACGACAAGGAACACGCCCACCUCCGGCAGCGAGUCCAGCUCCACCACGGCCAACAUCCCCUCCGGCUCCGGCAGGAAAAGGCAGCGGUAAGCAGUGGCUGUCAAACCGGCUCAGGUGGCGAUUGCACAUGAAAACGAUGAGAUCGAGCAGCCAGUGGCCAGCGUGUAAAGCAGUCCUACAAUUCGAAACGUCUAUCUGUGUUCUUCCAUGAUGAAACGCUGUGUACCUCCGCCAGACACGAAUUAGCUGUUUAGCUCAAC